AUGUGGUAUAUAUCCACAAAAAUACCUAUAUUUUCUAGAUAUAAUGUAUAUCAACAUAAAAAAAAUAUUUUGUAUUCAAAAACAUUUUUUUUUUCUAUUUUUUUUCUUAUAUCAAAAUUAAAUUAUGUCAAAUCACAAACUGAAUGUUCAUCUACUGGAGAAUGGAAUGAAUGGGGUAAUUGGACGGCAUGUAAUGAAGCCAUACCUGAUGUUCCAGUUAAACAUCGUAUAAGAGAUUGUAUACCAUUUCCAAGUGGUUGUUUACAAAGUGGUAGUGUUGAAUGUGAUGGUCAUUAUUCUGAAACAUUAUCAUGUUUACAAACAACCACUGAAUCAUUAACUACACCAGAUAUUACUACAUCUUUGUUAACUACAUUAUCAACUAUUCCUUCAACUAUUUCUUCAACUAUUCCAUCAACUAUUUCUUCAACUAUUCCAUCAACUAUUCCUUCAACUGUCUCAUCUACUAUUUUAUCAACUAUUCCUUCAACUGUUCCUCUAACAGAAACAACCGAAGAACCGACAACUAUUACUACUGAAGAAAUAUUGACUACAAUAUCAUCUACUAAUACACCAACAACCACUACUACUACUACUACUACAACAACAACAACAACGACAACAAUAACACCAUCUACUACAUUAUUAACAACUACAAUACUUUCUACAACACUAACUGAAUUAACAACUUUAUCUAUAAGAACGACAACUGAUCCACCAUCAACGGUAUUAACAUCAUUAAGUACUACAACUUCUCCAACAACUAUAUCAAGUAUUAUAUCAACAACCGAUCAAUGUUCUGACACUACAUGGAAUCAAUGGUUGGAAUGGAGUGAAUGUACAGAUACUUGUGGAAUGUGUGGUGUACGUCAAAGAUUUAGAACAUGUAAAAAAUCUAAUCCAACUUGUUCAUGUACAGGAGCACAAUUUGAAAAAGAAUUUUGUAAUGAUGCUAUCUGUAAGUAUCCACGGCCAACUCCUUGUUGUAACAAUUAUAUUCCAUCUGGUUCAAAUAAUAAAUUUGUUUGUGUUUUACCAAGUUAA